CCACUCAACAUUUAAAAACCCCCUCCUCAAUUCUCAACUCCUUCAUUCACAUUUUCACACCACAAACUCAAACGCAACACUCUUCACCGAAAACCGCCAAAACCACCACUUCACUCGGUGGCGCCACCACCACCAACCGCCAAAAAAAGCACACUCACUCUUUUUUUUUUUCAAAUUUAUUUAACUAAACUUACAAAAUGUCUCUUACGAAACGGUCCUCACUGAGUCCACCGCAACCCGGCGGGUCAACUCACGAACUCAAGCACCGAGUCAUCACGUGCCUGAACAAACUCUCAGACCGCGACACACUCGCCGUCGCAACUUCAGAGCUCGAGUCCAUAGCCAAGUCCCUAAACUGCGAGUCGUUUUCGCCCUUCCUUUCUUGCCUCCACAACACCGACGCGUCGUCCAAAUCGCCGGUUCGCAAACAAUGCGUGAGCUUGCUCGCUCUUCUCUCUCACUCUCAUGGCGACUCUCUCUCUCCUUUCCUCUCCAAGAUGAUCUCCACCGUCCUCCGCCGCCUCCGCGACCCCGACUCCGCCGUCCGAUCCGCCUGCGUCGACGCGGUCACCGCCAUGUCGUUGAAAAUCACGAAGCCUCCGUUCGCCGCUUUCUUCAAGCCUUUGAUCGACUCCGUCUCGCUCGAGCAAGACCUCAACGCUCAGAUCGGGUCCGCUCUUUGCCUCGCCGCCGCGAUCGAGGCCUCGCCGGAGCCGGAGAUAGAGGUGCUUCGGAAGAGCCUGCCGAGGCUGGGGAAACUGGCGAAGAGCGAAGGGUUUAAGGCCAAGGCGGCGCUGCUUGUUCUCAUCGGAAGCGUGGUCGGAGUCGGCGGAGCUUCGAGUCGAGGAGUGUUGGAUUGGUUGGUGCCUUGCGUGGUUGAGUUUUUGAGUAGUGAGGAUUGGGCGGUGAGGAAGGCGGCGGCGGAGGCGUUGGGAAAAGUGGCCGUGGCGGAGAAGGAUUUGGCGGCGGAGCACAAGACAUUGUGUUUGAGUUCUUUGGAGAGUCGGAGAUUUGAUAAGGUCAAGGUUGUCCGGGAGACGAUGAAUCUAACCUUAGAGUUGUGGAAGGAUGUUCUUGGUAUAUCUGAGGAGGUCCCUGUUUCAUCUCAGUCUAAAUCUUCUUCACCAGAUAAUGGUAGUGGUCGAUGCUUCCCUUCCAUAUCCAAUAGUUCCAAUGAUGAUGGAUAUAAGACUCCUAAACCGAAGAAAACAGUCCCCACAAACAGGUCCCCUCCUUCGAAUGAUUCAAUAGUGACCCCUCCCAAGAGAGAGAGUCCGCCGAAGAGUAAUGACAGGAAUUCAAGCGCAGCCAUGAUCCGUAAGGUGGACCACAAGAAACCCUCAGGUUGGAAAAUUGAAGUUGCAGUACCAAACUCUCUCUCAUUGAAGGUGGCUUGUGAAGAUGAUAUCAAAAGGAGUGACUUUGAGAGGUUGGAAUCAGGAGAGAAUGAGAACAGUGGGAAUUCCAAGCCGGAAACAAAGCGUGUCCUGUUUGGUAAGAUCCGAGAUGAAAAAGUGCAUAAAUUUGGUGGUUUAAGAUCAGGGUCUCGUGUGGUCCCGUUUCAAGAUGAUCAGGACGCCGACUUGGGUGAUGUAGUCAGCAACACAGUUGAAGAAGUUGAUGAGAAUAGCAAAGAGGCUGAGGAAGUGUCUUUGAUCCGUGAACAACUUCUUCAAAUUGAAAACCAGCAAUCCAAUCUGUUAGAACUUCUCCAGAGAUUCAUUGGGAGCUCUCAGAUUGGAAUCAAUUCCCUAGAGUCGCGUGUACAUGGCCUAGAGAUGGCACUGGAUGAAAUUUCGCAUGAUUUGGCACUUUCAAGUGGAAGGAUCCCAAACAGUGAUUCUGCAGAAAACACAUGUUGCAAGCUGCCUGGUGCAGAAUUCUUGAGUUCCAAAUUCUGGAGGAGGGCAGAAGGCCGGUAUUCUUCUUCAAGGUUCCCAUCUUCUGGAAGCAUACCAUCACCCAGUGCCAUGCGUACCAUACCUAAUCAAGAUGGUAGCACUGAAUCGUAUGAACGGGUGAGCCAAAGAUUUCAACACCAAAAUAGGUUUGAAACUGUUGCAAACCCAUUGGCAGAUGAACGUGACGACUCAAGGAGGAUUUUAAGGCGUUACUCAAACAAUAUGCCAAAGAACACAGUCCAAGAUGUUGAGAGGGUACAAGUUUGCAAUGCCAGUAGGUUCAAUGGGGCUUCACCUGCCAGUUUCACAGCACAGAGAAUCUGAGCAACAGAUAAUCUGCUUGGUUGGAAUAGAGUUAGAAUGCCAGAUAUCAGCUGAGAGAAGCACUAUUGGUCAUUAAUUUAAAAAUGACAGAGAACGGAUCUGGCUGUUGAUCAAGUCUGCAAUAGAGGUGUAUGAAUGCAACAUAUCCGAUUCAAAGCAGGAGAGUAGGGCUAUUUAUUUUUUGUAAAGCUUCUAUCAGAGGCAGCAUCCAGUUUUAAAUGCCAUACAAGUGCCAGUCUCCUUUGCAUUUGUGAUUUUUAUUUCAUACCUGUACCAAUACCAUCCCUGGUGAAAAAAGCUUAAUUUGUAUAUAAGAGUCUCACAUGUCUUUCCUCGGUUUGUUCCUACUUGGUUCUAUAUGAUAAAUAAGCUUCCAUUUAUUGGGAUUUAAUGCCUAUCUAGUUCACAGAAACGCUAGAAAUAUGCUAUUUAUGCAAUCUUGUUCUCUCCAUCCUUUAUUUGUAAAUGUAAUACAGAUGUGACAAUAUAAAACUUUGGACUAGCACUCAAA